AUGCCGGUGGCGCUGGGCUCGCUCGGCGGCGAGGGCGAGUACCGCGAGUACGGCCACCAUCUCUCGCCGCACCACCCCCCGCAUCCUCCGCCGCACCUGCAGUACCAUGAGUACGCGCCACCGCCGCCGUCGCUCUACCAUCCCAUACCGGAUCCAUACUUCAGAAGGCACGCGCCAUAUUUCGGCCAGCCAGACUACAGAGUGUACGAACUCAAUAAACGAUUACAACAGAGGACAGAGGACUCUGAUAACCUAUGGUGGGACGCGUUCGCGACAGAGUUCUUCGAGGACGACGCGACGUUAACCCUCACAUUUUGUUUAGAAGAUGGACCCAAAAGAUAUACGAUAGGAAGGACGCUCAUACCGCGGUACUUCCGCAGUAUAUACGAGGGCGGCGUCUCGGAGCUGUACUACACGAUGCGCCAGCCCAAAGAGUCCUUCCACAACACGAGCAUCACGCUCGACUGCGACCACUGCACGAUGGUCACGCAUCACGGGAAGCCAAUGUUCACAAAGGUGUGCACGGAGGGUCGGCUGAUCCUGGAGUUCACGUUCGAUGACCUGAUGCGAAUUAAAUCUUGGCACAUGGCGGUACGAGCGCACCGCGAGCUGAUCCCGCGGCAGGCGGUGCACCCGCCGGACCACGCCGCGCUCGACCAGCUCGCCAAGAACAUCACGCGCCAGGGCAUCACCAACUCCACGCUCAACUACCUCAGGCUGUGCGUGAUCCUGGAACCAAUGCAGGAGCUAAUGUCGCGACACAAGGCGUACGCGUUGUCGCCUCGCGACUGCCUCAAAACGACGCUCUUCCAAAAGUGGCAGCGAAUGGUCGCGCCUCCAGAGUCUCAACGGCCCGCAAGCAAACGGCGCAAGCGCAAAGGCAGUGCGGGCGCGAAUGCAGCGCCGCCCGCGCCCACCAAAAAGCGCUCCCCCGGACCCAACUUCAGUCUCGCCUCGCAGGACGUGAUGGUGGUGGGCGAGCCGUCGCUGAUGGGCGGCGAGUUCGGCGACGAGGACGAGCGACUGAUCACACGGCUGGAAAACACGCAGUACGAGGGCGACGUGGAGUGGAGCGCGCCGCCCGCCUCGCCCGCCAAGACGCCGCCCGCCGCGCACUGA